GCACUAGGGAAGCAAGUUGCUUCAAUCAGGCACCAGAUGAGCAGACUUUGGGAGAACCAUUCAGCAGACUUCCAGGGAGAUGAAUCAAGUGGCCCAGCUUUAAAAACCUUACCUGGAGCAGAGAAGCGCCCGUUCCCAAGAUGCUGGCACCCUGCCUUCUGAGAAGAGCGGUCCUUACAGUUCCUUUAGUUUUUGUGGUUGCACUGCUUCUUGCAGAGCCUGUUAGAUCUGACCAAGAAGCAGGAACAGCCAUACCAGCUGAAAGUCGUCCCUGUGUUGAUUGCCAUGCAUUUGAGUUCAUGCAGAGAGCUCUGCAGGAUCUAAAGAAGACAGCAUAUAAUCUAGACACACGGACAGAAACUCUGCUUCUUCAGGUGGAAAAGAGAAAUCUAUGCGACUGUGUAACUGCAAAUCUUCUGAACUGAAUCCUGGAGGCCACCUAAGGAGUGUCACCUGUUCAGUGGUUUUUAAAAUGCAGCUGUAUAAAAUACAGCUUUAUGGAGUUCAUGUUGCAAGCAUGUAUGCCCCAAUGUACUGAGGAGAUUGGGGGAAGGGGCUGUGUCUUAUGUAUUUGUCUGUUCUGGUUGGUUUUUUUUGAAAGAGUACCCUCUUUUCACAUCCACUGGGUUGCCAGUAAGGGCUCAAGUCAGUAUAUCUGUUAUUUAGUAUUAGAGUGGGGGAAAAAUUUUCCUGCUUUGAUUUUUAAAUCAGAGUUGUCCAAGUGUAACCCACAAGAUAAAUAUGGCCAGCAGUGCUCUAAAGACACGUGCAGCUGUUUUUUGUCUCUAAUGUGAAUGUAUCUGUGGCAACUUACCCCAUUAUGUUGAGACAGGGAAUUGUGGUCUCUGUAGGCUUUGCCUGUGUAUUAAAGAUGAUGGAAGUCCUUUCUGUUUCUUGUCUGCACUGUGACCACAUUCAGGCAUGUUGUAGUUCUGCCAGCUGCAUUGAGGUAUGUGUCAUGAGGAGUUAUCUGUGUGCUGUACCGAACAGUUCAUAUGUUAGUGCUGAGUUUUCUGGUAUCCUGAGUGAGAGUAUUGUCUUCUUUGAUUAAAACCUUUAGUUUCUUCCCCUC